AUGCUGCUGCAGCAGAGAGCUGCAUUCCCUCAUCCUCUUCUGCUGCAGCAGCAGCAGCAGCACCACCAGCACCAGCAGCAGCAGCAGGCCCCACCCCCUCCUCCUCCUCAGCAGCAACAGCAACAGCAACAGCAGCAACAGCAGCAGGAGCAGCAGCAGCAACAAAAGCAUACGAUCCGUGGACGGUGGCGGGGACUACGUUCGUAUGGGAACAGGCAGCAGCAACAGCAGCAACAGCAGCAGCAGCAGCAGCAGCAGCAGCAGCAGCAGCAUGUUGGCUACAUACGGGAGCGGCGUUUCUUUUGUAUAUCGUAUAUCUCCUUAUUGUAUUUGUGGGCAUCGAGCGACGUGGGUGUGUGGAAUUCUUCUGCUUCCUCUAUCUCAGCUGGCGGCGACAGUGCAGCAGCAGCAGCAGCAGCAGCAACUGCAGCAGCAGCAACUGCAGCAGCAGCGGCAACACCCACAACACACAAGGCAGCAGCAGCAGCACCAACAGCAGCAGCAGCAGCAGCAGCAGCAGCUGGCUCCAGCACAAAGAACGAGACAGCAGCAGCUAACCAACAGACACAAACCACUGCUGCAGAGGGACCGUUAAGCCCAGCAGCAGCAGCAGCAGCAGCAGCACCUGCAGCAGCACCUGCAGCAGCAGCAGCAGCACCUGCAGCAGCAGCAGCAGCAGCAGCAGCAGCAGCAGAAGCACCCAGGGUGUAUAUAUCUCGCCUAGGGAGAGAUUUCUCCAUAGAGGAGGCCGUCGAGUACCAGCUAGAAAUGCAGCAGCGGAGCAGCACGAGCCGCAGCAGCAGAGGCGCUGCACCAAAGGCUGCGGUAAAUGCUGCUCAAGCAGCAGCAGCAGCAGCAGCAGCAGCAGCAGCAGCAGUAGCUGCAGCAUCUGUAUUAGCAGCAGCGACAGCAGCAGCAGCAAUAGCUGCAGCUGCAGCUGCAUUGGCAGCUGCAGCAGCAGCAGCUGCUUUGAUAGCUGCAGCAGCAGCAGCUGCAGUGGCAGCUGCAGCAGCAGCAGCAAUAACAGCUGCAGCAGCAGCAGCAGUGGCAGCAGCAGCAGCAGCAGUGGCAGCAGCAGCAGCAGCAGCGGCAGCUGCAGUAGAAGCAGCAGCAACUGCUGCUGCUGCAUUAGCUGUUGCAGCAUAA